AUGAAUAGAGUUCAAGUCUUGCCGAACUAUCUAUCUAUCUAUCUAUCGCAUAUAUUUCAUUAUCUAUCUAUCUAUCUAUCUAUCUAUCGCAUAUAUUUCAUUAUCUAUCUCAAUCUUCUGUUCACUAUCUAUCUAUCCCAGCCUAUUCAUGUCACUGUAUUGCAUAUAUUUUAUUAUCUAUCAAUCUAUCUCAGUCUGUUCAUAUCUAAGACUUUUCGUAUCAAUCUAUCUAUGUUCAUUCAUAUCUAUCUUAAAAUAGGUCACAUGUACCUUCCAUUGCAUUGCUUGUUUGAUAUCUAUCUAUCUCAGUCUAUUCGUAUCUAUCUAUCUAUCUAUCUAACAAGCAAACAAUGCAAUGGAAGACCUAGACUAAGUUGUUUUAACUGUACCUCCCGAAUUGAUUGCUUUUAUUCUUUCUUUCUUUCUUUUUCUUUGUUCCUUUCUUUUCUUUCAUUUCUUACUGUCUUUAUUUCCUUUCCUUUCUUUCGGUGA